UCCACUACGUAUACUGACCUGUUUGGACGUCCAAGCUGCACGGAGCUAAACACGUUAUUAUCCUUUUAUUUUAAAAUGAACUAUAAUCGCGCGUGAGUUUGCCUAAUUCAAUACCGAGAAAUCGAAGGCUGCAAUUGUGAAAAUGAACGAAUCAUCUUCAGUGACGAACGACACAUGGCAUUGGUACAAAGAAGUAGUGAUGUCAUGGCUGGAGCACCCUGGAAUGGAAGAGUACGAGGGUCUGAACUUGACAGCCUUGAAGAUGGACCAGGCCUACAUGGUGGGGACGUCCGAUAAGGAUGUCGGGGUCUAUAGUGUCUCGGAUGACUGUUUUAGAUGUCCAUUUGAACUCCAAAAGAAGUUGUCGGCUGGUACUGAGGAGUCCUGGGUGGUGAGCACAACACGUAGAUCGACGUGGAGAGUGUACACAGAUCUCACUGACUCGUAUGUAACUGCUGGGAAUACCACGGGACUUCUGUGCCAGCUGCGUCCAGAGGUCGGAGAAUUCGGAGUGUACAGACUGAACGCCACCAGCGACGGAUGCGACAUCCGAACCGACAGAGAACCGGUCGACAUUUACUUGCCUCUGCUACUUCUCCUGGGCACAUUGUUGACAGUAUGGGUGCUCUAUGGCAUAAUGAAAUUGAUCAUGUCAAAAGUCAGAAGAACCGGUAAACUUAGAUACGGAGAUAAGGAGCUGGCGAUACAACAAAGAUUAAGAGCGCUGGAUACUUUCAGAGGAAUGGCGAUAGUGUUCAUGAUCUUCGUGAAUGACGGCGCGGGCGGCUACUGGUGGAUGGAACACGCCACGUGGAACGGUAUGGUAGCUGGAGACCUCGUCUUUCCAGCUUUCCUCUGGAUCAUGGGUGUAUGCAUUCCUCUCUCCGUAAAGAGCGCAUUUGCCAAAGGUAUACCCCGUUGGAAGAUCGUCAUGCACAUUGUCAGACGUUCGAUAAUGAUGUUCUUGUUGGGAAUGUCUUUGAAUACGAUAUACGGUUCGAACGUUUUGCAAGAGCUGCGUAUAUUCGGCGUCCUUCAGAGGCUUGCAGUUGCGUAUCUCGUGGCGGCAGGCUUCUAUGCGUUGACCGCACCAAAGUUUUACACUCCUCCUAGGGGUGCAUGCGGUCAGGCGUUAAAAGACGUGUUGUCUUGCUUGUGGUGCUGGGUUCUGGCGAUCGUCUUGGUGACCGUUCACAGCGUCAUAACAUUUAUCAUCCACCAUCCCGACUGUCCACCAGGUUACUUGGGACCUGGUGGGAAGCACGAUGAGUGGGUCGCUCCGGAGUGCAGUGGAGGUGCUGCUGGAUUCAUUGACCGACUCGUCUUAGGGGAAUCACAUUUGUACCAAAGGAGCGAUGCGAGGAAUGUCUAUGGAGGUCCACCCACCGACCCUGAAGGACUAUUGGGGUGUCUCACGUCAGCUGUGCAGGCCCUGAUCGGUAUCCAAGCCGGCGCCACAGUGCUGCUACAGCGGUCGCACAAGGCGCGCGUUUCAAGAUGGCUCGCCUGGGCGCUUGUGUUCGCACUAGCCGGGGCCCUACUCGCCGGCUUCUCCAGGGAGCACGGGGUUAUACCUAUCAAUAAGAAUCUUUGGUCAACUUCUUUCGUGUUGGUGACGUCGGCAUGCUGCCUUCUACUGCUGAGUUUCUGCUACACACUCACCGAUGCGUGGAGGAUUUGGAACGGAGGGCCAUUUCGUUCUCCUGGACUCAACGCUAUAGCUCUCUACGUAGGACACUCACUAUGUGCACAUUUGUUCCCCUUUCACUGGAAAAUCCCUAAUAUGGAAACGCAUACAAUCAAGCUACUUGAGGCCGUCUGGGGUACCGCCUUGUGGGUCAUCAUUGCUCAUGUCAUGGCCAAGAAAAAGGUGUUCAUAACACUAUAGUUUCGGAUGUUCUUAUAUUUUCGAAGUUUGAGAGUGAGUUUGAUACAUUAUAAUUUCUUGACUAAACGAUUUUCAUUAUUACAGAUGACUAAUGUUGAAAAUUGUAAAUUGAUUAUACAUAUU